AUGGUCUCCGCAUCCAAGGAAAAGAGACUUGCCGCCAAGGCUGCCGCCGGCAAGGGCGAGAAGAAGACUCUCGUCUCCCGCUCCAAGGCUGGCUCCAAGGCUGCUUCCAAGAACGCCAGCGCCACCGGAUCGGAUGCCGAAGAUGACGAUAUUGCAACCGACUCGACCAAGAUGGAAAAGGUCAAGCAGCUUGCUGACCAGAAGGAUAAACACGGUCUGUCGGACAGAGUAACAACCGGUGUCUUGGCCUCAACCCAGGCCAGCAAGGACGUCAAGAUCAGCAAUGCUACCUUGACCUUCCACGGACGAGUCCUUAUUACAGACAGCACCUUUGAGCUGACCAUGGGCCGACGAUACGGUCUGCUUGGUGAGAACGGUUGCGGUAAGAGUACUUGGCUCAAGGCCAUCGCCGCCCGUGAAUACCCAAUCCCUGAGCACAUCGAUAUCUACCUCCUCAACGAGGGUGCACCGCCUUCCGACUUUGGUGCUCUCGACUGGGUGCUCAACGAGGCCGAGAACGAGAUGAAGCGUCUUGACGAAAUGGCCGAGAGGCUUCUGGAAGAAGAAGGCCCUGACAGCCCUAUUCUCAUGGACCUGUACGACCACAUGGACAAGAUGGACCCUUCGACUUUUGCUACCCGUGCCUCUUUGAUCUUGACCGGUCUUGGUUUCAACAAGUACACCAUCCAGAAGAAGACCAAGGAUAUGUCCGGUGGCUGGCGUAUGCGUGUCGCACUUGCCAAGGCUCUGUUCGUCAAGCCGUCGUGCCUGCUUCUUGAUGACCCCACCGCCCAUUUGGAUCUGGAGGCCUGCGUCUGGCUCGAGGAAUACCUGAAGAAGUGGGACCGUACACUCGUCCUUGUUUCCCACUCUGAGGAUUUCUUGAACGGUGUCUGUACCAACAUGAUCGACUUCGACAAGACCAAACUUGUUUACUAUGGUGGUAACUACGACUCCUACGAAAAGACCCGCCGAGAGAACUUGGUCAACCAAUUGAAGGCCUAUGAGAAGCAGCAGGCUGAGAUUGAGCACAUCAACAAGUUCAUUGCCAGUGCUGGUACCUACGCCAACUUGGUCAAGCAAGCCAAGUCCAAGGAGAAGAUCAGAGACAAGAUCCUGGAGAACAAGAUCGAGAAGCCCGACAACGACAGGGACUUCAACUUCAAGUUCGGUGAUGCUGACAAGCUCCCCCCGCCUGUUCUUGCUUUUGAUGACGUCACUUUCUCGUACUCUGGCGAUGCAAAGGACGACUUGUACCGCAACAUCGACUUGGGUUUCGACAUGGACUCGCGAUCGUGUCUUGUCGGACCCAAUGGUGUCGGAAAAUCUACCCUCCUGCGUCUUAUGACUGGCAAGAUCAGCCCUACACAAGGAUCGGUCAAGAAGCACACUCACUUGAAGCUCGGUCUUUACUCCCAACACAGUGCUGAGCAGCUUGACUUAACAAAGAGCGCCUUGGACUUUGUCCGCGACAAGUAUGCCGAAAAGACACAAGAUAUGCAGUACUGGCGCCGCCAACUCGGUAGAUACGGUGUCUCUGGUAACGUUCAAACGGCUUUGAUGGGUACUCUGUCCGAGGGUCAAAAGAGUCGAAUUGUGUUCGCGCUCUUGGCCAUUGAUGAGCCCAACAUGCUUCUGCUUGACGAGCCUACCAACGGUCUGGAUAUUCCUACUAUUGAUGCUCUUGCCAAGGCUAUCGAGACAUAUACAGGUGGUGUCAUUGUCGUCAGUCACGAUUUCAGACUGCUCGACAAGAUUGCUAAGGAGAUUCUGGUCUGCGAGAACAAGACCAUCAAGCCUUGGGACGGUACGAUCGGAGAGUACAAGAACUAUUUGCGUAAGAAGAUGAUUGCAGCAGGUGCUGUCUAA